AUUCCAACCCUAAUUUUCUAUGAUUCUAUGAUGUAGCAUGCUCUCAUAUCAGAAUGGUACUGCUGUAUAAGCACAUAGUUCCUUUGUACUCACUUUGCCACUGGGUAAAUGACUUACACUGGGUUUGAGGUAGAGACAAUUCAGGAAAGCCUGUAGCGCAAAGAACAAUGGACAGUCCUGUAGGUUAAAGAACAUGGCCUCCAACUAUAAGAGGUGCUGGGAGACAAGAUAGUGAUGUGGUUGCAGCCCAGCAUUAGAUUCAGAUCAUCUAGGUCCAGCUCUGUCAGAAGAUUUCUGCAUGAGCAUGGAUAAAUUAUUUAAUCUCUGUGUAUCUUUGGCCCUACCAACAAGAAGAAUGAUUCUUCGGCAGCUGGUGGCAGCUUAUCUGUGCCAGCGAUCACAACCAGAGUUUUAGGAACAGGGGAGGGAAAGGCCUGGUGAGAAGAGGCUCAGUCUCCCCGGGCGUAGAAAAUCAUGACAUUUGUGUUGAAACUACAAAUAUGGGUGCUGGUGAGUGUGGACAGCUAGACACAGGAGGAUCCAAGCAGCUCAUGGUGCAUAUGUGGCCUAUAAAAGCACCCUUAUCCAUAAGGCCCUUGGCAUCCAUACAUAAAGCCCUAUUAUCAGCAUUGUCCUUAAACAUUAGUUACAAUAUCUACUCCCACAUUAGGCUGGGCCCAAAAAAAGGACAUUCAUUUCUCUGUCCCCUUUGUGCUAGGUUUCUUGGGCUCCUUAAUUAUACUGGCAGGAUCCCUGUACCAGCUUUGUCCACUACCCUUUGAAUUAUGCUUCUCUCUUCAUGCUUGAAGGAGGAGAUACAGCAGAGAUUUGGUCAUUGUGAUGGCCCUGGCCUUGGCCCAGGCUCUGUCAGGCUAGCUCCAGCCUGUAUGCCAGAGUCUCUCACAAGGGAUAAUGGUGAUUUGUGUAGAAGCUCAUGAAAUAUCCAGUUUUCUGCAGGUUAAGGAGUCAAUCUGUAUUUCUGUUCAGCUGCAUUCUGCAAAUACCUGGUGAUGUUAACCUGGGUCUGUGUGUAUAUCAGGAGGAAGCUGAAUAGCACUGCCAAAUCCAGAACAGACAGGGAAUACAUCUACACUAGUAAACCUUUAGAGCCACCACUAAUGUAAAACUGCUAUGGUCAGUUCAAUUUAUUCCAUUAGCAAAGCCUCAGCUCCUUUAACUCAUGUUUCCCUCUUCAGGGGUCGCCUGACUCUGCUUCUGUGGUGGAGAUGUGGAGUUUAGCUUCCAGGGCUCAUAGCUGAGAUCUGAAAGGGCAGAACAUUCAUUAAAGGUUUCCACUGCUGCAAAGGAGUUUUCUUUGCAACCUAAAAUAAAACUCGCUUGUAACGUGUUAGCAGAAGCAACCACAGACUUGGUUUGUGACAGGAAAAAAGCCUGCAGAGGGGGGCUAGCAGGACUGGGGAGUUUUUUUCUGAUCUUAAAAAAAAGUUUCUUUCUAAAAUUUUCCACCUAUGCUCGCCCCCACCAUGAUGCCCCUCUUACUGAGCACAGGAAGUUUGCUGACCACUUAAUGACAGUAUAUAAGUGUGGGGACAGGGGUUCAGAUUAUCACUUUCUCCUCUGCCGCAGGGUGAAGUAUUCAGCAAUGAAGCUCUACCACUUGGCUAUCCUGGUCCUUUUUUGCUUUGGCAUCCUCACCAUGCACACAGCGAGAGGGAGUGUAGGAAGUCAAAUUAUAAGAAGAAGUUCCUGCAUAAACCUAUCAACAAAGCAGCUAGACAUAAGAGGGCUUGCCAAUUAUGAAAAUCAGAACAUACCAGUAAAAGCCGUUAUGUUCAUCACCAAGGAAGGCAUCAAAAUCUGUGUGGAGCCUGAACUCAAAUGGGUGAAGCAAGCCAUAAAAUACCUAGAUCAAAGACGUGUCAUCAGAAGAACCACUAUCAAGCCCAAGCCCAAGCCCAAACCCAAACCCAAACCCAAGCCAUCUAACUAAAUGGAGAUGCCACUGAAACCAUAAGCAACUGCUUGUAACUCCUACUUGGUAACUGAUAAUAAAGUCUCUGAACUAACA